AUGGCGAUGAGCCUUUUCCAGAACUGGUGCAGGGGGCUGAACGUGGACGAGCACAGGGCCCUGCUGGUCACGGGCAUCCCCGAGGGCCUGGAGCGGGCCGAGAUCGAGGCCACCCUGCAGCCCACCUUCCUCCCCCUGGGCAAGUUCCGGCUGCUGACCGUCAGCGUGGGCAGCCAGGAGAAAGCCAGGGCCGCCCUGGUGGAGUUCCUGGAAGACAUCGACGUGGACGCCAUCCCCAGGGAAGUUCCGGGCAAGGCCGGCGUCUGGCAGGUCCUGUCGAAGGACAGAUCGCAGGACACUCGGGUCCUGAAGCAGAUGAAGCGUCUGCUGCUGGACGAGAGGCCCGCCAAGGCCUCCAGGGAUGCGGCUACCCCUCCGGCUGCGGAGACCCAGGCGCAGGAGGCCGGGCAGGCUGGCAAAGCGGACCCCGACGGGGCAGCCAAGAAAGCCCAGCGGGGCCGUCGGGGUGGCAGGCACAGGGCCAGGGGCCACAGGCUGGCCAGCAAGUGCAAAAAGCGCGUCCGGGGAGGGCGGCGGGCCCGGAGCGCGUCGGGGGACUCCUCAGAUGACAGCCUGGGCCUGGUGAUCGAGGAGCUUCAGGCCGAGGACCUGACCGUCGAUGAGGACCAGCGGGCGCUGUACGAGACGCUCCAAGCCGCCGCCAAGGAGCUCCUGAAGAAGUGGACCUUCGAGGAGGAGGCCGACGCCGGCGAUGGUCCCCGCGAGUUCCUGGCCCUGGUCACGGUCACAGACAAAGCCAAGAAGGAGGAGUUAGAGAAGGAACUCCCCGGCACCCAGUCCAUCUGCUUAGACAUCAAGGAAGACAGGAAUGGGGUCCCCGAUCUGGUGGCCUUGAUGGCGGUAAGGGAGCCCGUGGAGAGCGACGACUCGGAGAGCGAGUCGCAGGACAAUGAGGACCCAGAGACGGAAGGGCCGGACAACCCCGAGUUCGUGGCCAUCGUGGCUUACACGGAGCCCUCGGCCCCCUGGGCCCGCGAGGAGAUGCUGAAGAUCGCGUCGGUGAUCCAGUCCCUGGGCUGGGGCGACAAGCGGCAGGAGAGCGAGGCGCUGCCCCAGGUCCUCUCCGUCAUGUCCAACCACACCUCGGGCACCCGCGUGAAGGUGGAGGAGGCCGGCCGCCAGGUGGACGCCAUGGUGCUGAAGAAGGCCGAGGAGGAUGGGAACCUUCUAGAAUGCAUCUCUACCCUGGCCGAACCCGAGAAUCGUCCUAAGGGAAAGAAGGGGGCGCUGGGCUUCCCCGGGAGCUGGGGCAAGGAGGGCGAAGUGCAGGGCGGCCUCCUGGAGCUGGUGGCGCUUCUGGCGGCGCAGGACAUGGUCCACCUUGUCAAGGAGGAGGAGGAGAACCGGUGCGGAGGCGCCAAGUGUAACCACAAGAACGAUCUAGAAGAGGUCUUGACGUUCCUGGCUUCCCGCGAGCGUCUGGAGUCCAGCGAGGAUUCGGAGGAGUCCGAGGACACCGAGUCCGAGUCCUCCGAGGACACCGAGAGCCCGGAGUCGGAGCCCGAGGACCGCGCGUCCCAGAAGCCCCGCGCCAAGCGCGCGCGCACGGGCUCCAAGGGCCUGGCCCGGGGCCCCGCGGCCGCCGUCCCCGCCGCGCCCCGAACCCGCCAAAGCCGCCGGGGAGGCCGGGGCCGGGGCCGGGCUGUCACCCCGGAGAAGAAAGCCGGCAGCGAGGCCUCCAUCGAUGACGAUGCGACGACAAAGAAGAAAAAGAAGGGGCUCGGAGGUACCGGGGCGCGCGCCAGGGCGGCGGAGGCGAAGGGACAGCCGCCCGCGGGCCCGAAGUCCGUCCGCGGGAAAAAGGCGCGUCGGGGUCCAAAGCGGCCCCCCAAAUGCCGCUAG